GCCUCAGUGAUAGAGGGAUAGUGAGAUGCAGUCGGGUGGGAACCGUGGUUCUACCUGAAAUAAUCAGGCUCGUUCAGGAACACCUGGAACAGCCAUACAAGCAGUACCUACUGGAGGUGUUUAAACAUUUAAACACAGGUAACAUUAUCAUAACAGUCACCCAACUCGAUCCUAAAAAUAGAAAAGAACCCUAGAAAGUCUAAAUGGGCAAUAUAAUAUUCAGCACAUUUAAUACUGGAAAAGACAGCCAUAAGGAGAAGAUUUAGGGCAAUAUGGAUGGCAAUAUGAAACCGUGGUUAGUGAUGAAAUCUGCAGUUAUGUAACACAGGUCAUAGCUUCAUAGCUGACUGGAAUUUGUUUGUAACACCAACAUGGCAGUUGUCUAGAUAUAUCCCGCCUUUUCCUGUAAUGUAAGUAACAGGAAACGUUGCCUCCUCAUUCAUUCACUUGAAUAGGAAAAAUGUGAAUAGGAUAGCUUGGUUUUGUUUAGCCUGAAGUCAAAGUUUGAAAGCUUCCAUUUACAAUCCAAAUACUACUGAAUGGGUAAUGAAUAUCAUAUAUGGGCUUGCCAGCCUAUUCCCACCCUAUGGAGGUGACAAGAGGGCUGACUAAAACUGAAGUUGACAUGUCUCAACCCUGUGAAGUACUGGUAAACCGAAGAGGAGAGACAGACGGGAUCACUGCCUCAUCUGAAGCUUUAGACAGUGUCCUCCAGGGAUAGAGGAGCGUCAACAAAACACAGAGAACUCCAGUUUCACACAAGGUGAUCGAGAAAAGAAGACGUGACCGCAUAAACCGGUGUCUGAAUGAACUCGGGAAAACUGUGCCAAUGGCGCUCGCCAAACAGAACUCUGGGAAGCUGGAGAAAGCAGAGAUUCUGGAAAUGACGGUUCAGUACCUCAGAGCCUUGCAUUCUGCCGACUUUCCCAGAGGCAGAGAGAAAGGGGAGCUACUGGCGGAGUUUGCGAACUAUUUUCAUUAUGGAUACCACGAGUGCAUGAAGAACCUGGUUCACUACCUCACCACGGUGGAGCGAAUGGAGACCAAAGACAACAAGUACGCGAGGAUUUUGGCGUUCCUGCAAUCCAAAUCCCGCGUCGUCACCGACCCUCUGUUCAGCUCUCUGGGCGCAUUGCCAGACACGGCAGACUAUUUGUGCCAAAUGCACUCUUCUCCAGAGUACCAGAGCCCCAGUCCCACUGAGUCCAUGUUCCAGCAAAGCCCCCCCGGACACUUUUCUUGGCACAGUUCAGCGCGGAGUCCAAGCAUCGGUUACUCGCCGGUGUCUUUAUCCACCCCGACACAGCAGCACGGCGGAUACUUGUCGCCAGUGCAGGGACUUGAUCAUCAUUAUAUCAACUUCAUAGGCCACUCUCACCCCAACGCAUUCAGUUUGCACACGGCGCAACAUGCUGCUUUGUAA